CACAAAAAGGUAAACAAAUUUUGAACUGUCAAAGCCGAUGCGACCGCGCGCUGUUGUUUCUUCCGAUCCGCAGCGGAUGCCGGUAAUCGGUUAUUAUUCACAAUUUUCUAUCGGAAUUUUGGUUGUUAAUUUAGUGAAAAAGAGCGACAACGACGACGAUGGCCACCGCCAUGGAGCCGGUUCCGUCGCGCGACCUGGAAGGUCGCAAAAUCUGCGUCGAGCGUUUCAUCUACGCCAUAGUGUACAGCGUGGCGGUACAGUUUGUCCUGCUUACGGUGUUUCUGCUGCUGGUGAACUUCAGUUUGCUCCAUCCGGUGGCGUGGAUUGUCGGAUCGUUCCGACUGAUGGUUUCCCUCUCUACGUGGAUUUGGAUCCUACCGUUGGUCAGUGCGGUCAUUGUGCACGGGGUGUUUCUAGCAAAGUCGUACCUAGCAGGGAUCCGGUACUGUCCGACGCGGUUCCAGCAGAUUUACCGAUCGAUCAUUACCCAAUCCAUCCUGCUGGUGGUCAACUGCGUGGUGGGCUUCUUGACCGCCUGGUUGUACACUCGCUUCCUCCGAGAUGACUAUCGGAUCAUGUUCCUGCCCAAAGAGGGCGGAGAUUCGAUCCUGAACGAAAAGUACCUGUUCCUGCUGUUGGGCGGAACGUUCGCCGGGGUCUACUACUUCAUCCGCAACCAGUCGGAAAGAUUGGUUCUCAGCUUUCCAGUCAUCCAGCAGCCUCGUUACCUGCAGAUUAGGGCGCAUCUCUACAGCGUCAUCUACCGGUCGUUGUUCACAUCCUUUGUCCCGACGCUGACCUACGUGAGCUUCUACUAUACCUUCAACUGCUUCUAUUUCCGGUACAAACUAGCCGGCAUGUUCCAGAAUGUGACACUCGCCGAAGAAUCUUCCUUAGGUGCGCUGUAUUCUGUCCUGAUGGACCUUCGAUUGAUCUUGUACUGCUGGGUGCUGUCUUCGCAGAUUCUCUCCAACAUGAACCUAAUGCAAGUGCUGUUCCACAUCUUCCUCACGGAGUAUCGUCCUUUCCCGGUUGAAAAGACCUCCCUGGCAAACGACUCGCAAGUGACCUUGGUAGAAGCGCUGGCCUGUGAUAAAAUACCCAUCAUCCAACAGCUAGCCGCUCUGGAUCUUUUCACGAUCGCUGAAAGCUGCGAUCCGAACCGUCGAGCUCGUCUUUACGCCCUGUCUGUCCCCGGAGGCCACCCCUACAAUUGGCGCCUGAUUUCCGGCGAGUGCAUACGCCUCGUCAAAGACUACACCGGCCAACUGGCGAAAUCCAUCGAAGGAGCGACACCAAAACCCGUUCCGGAUGUGGCCAAACUCCGCCCCACCGCCUCAAUGGACGCCGAGAAGCUUUUGAUGAAGCAGUACAACGAGAGCUUCGGAAUUCGCAGUCUAUCUACCUCCGCCCUACCCACAGAACACCCCCAAAAGCCGGACGUCAUCUGCAAGGUGGUCGACCGUCGUCUCGACGCCGUCCGGCAGUCCAUCCAGAACAUCCCCGGAAUCUACUACCUCUUCGGCGAACCGAAAACCGCCCGAACCUGCCACCUGCUAGCCACCCAGUCCCAACAGAUCGUUCACAUCGGUCAAGCCCUGGCCUCACUAGCCGCCCAUUCGAUCCGUGAGGACAAAUUCGGAGUGGUCCAGAACGACCUGCCGCUCAUCAUUCGGACCCUCCUGCAGCUGAAGCAGGUUCUCGACCGGGUCGGCUCCAUCCAACUGGACGUGAAGAAGAUCGACCGGAACUACGUGGCCCUGAGGGCGGCCACCAAGCGGAGCCUGUAUCGGAUUGCGGCUGCGUUCGCCGACUAUCUGAACGACAUCGUGCUGGAGCCGAACGACGUCAAGGCGCUGCAGGGGUUCGUUAACUAUCGGGAAGCUUGAUAGGGUUGCGUUACAGUUUUCUGCGUUUCAUUUAGUAGUUAAGUUGUUUAGUUCCUAGCAUGGUUGAGAUCGUUUUCGAAAGUUCAGUUUGUAGAUCUGUACGAUGCUGGGAGUUAGUUCAUGAUCAUCCAUUUGAACUGCCACUCUCUGACUCAUUAGGUGUAAAUGAAUUGAUGCGAGAUUUAUGAAAUUUUAAA